CCCACAACAUCGGAAGUGCACAAGUUUCUAUUCCAUUAUAUUGUUCUCCGUUGUUUUUACUAUUUUCCACCAGCGGUCAGACAGACGGUUGACGUUCCCAAUUCGGCAUUUCAAUUUGGCACAAGUCCCCGAAAAAUGGAGCUAGCCUAGCCAGAGUCCAACAGGAUUAGGCCAAACUCAUUGCGAAACUAAACGCCUGAAGAUACAUCUACAAGCCCUGAUUGCGUGCGACAAUUGCACAGUAUUUACGUCAGCAUCGGUUAAGUGAGGCGAUUGCACCAUGGACUUCAAGGAAUACCGCCAAAGGGGCAAGGAGAUGGUCGACUAUAUUGCGGACUAUCUGGAGAACAUCCGGGAACGCCGAGUUUUUCCGGAUGUGAGUCCCGGCUACAUGCGCCAGUUACUGCCGGAGUCCGCUCCGAUCGAAGGAGAACCGUGGCCGAAAAUAUUCUCGGAUGUGGAGCGGAUCGUGAUGCCGGGCAUAACCCACUGGCAGUCGCCCCACAUGCACGCCUACUUUCCGGCCCUCAACUCCAUGCCUUCCCUACUGGGCGACAUGCUGGCGGAUGCGAUUAACUGUCUGGGAUUCACCUGGGCGAGCUCGCCGGCCUGCACCGAACUGGAGAUCAUAGUGAUGAACUGGCUGGGCAAGAUGAUCGGUCUGCCAGAUGCCUUUCUCCACCUGAGCUCCCAAAGUCAGGGCGGCGGAGUUCUGCAGACCACUGCCAGUGAAGCUACUCUGGUUUGUCUGCUGGCGGGACGGACUCGGGCGAUCCAGCGAUUCCAUGAGCGACAUCCAGGCUACCAGGAUGCGGAGAUCAAUGCCCGGCUGGUGGCCUACUGCUCCGAUCAGGCGCACUCCAGUGUGGAGAAGGCGGCGCUCAUUGGACUCGUGAGGAUGCGUUACAUCGAGGCGGAUGAGGACCUGGCGAUGCGCGGCAAACUGUUGCGCGAGGCCAUCGAGGAUGACAUUAAGCAGGGCCUGGUCCCCUUCUGGGUCUGCGCCACGCUCGGGACCACCGGCAGCUGCAGCUUCGAUAACCUGGAGGAGAUUGGAGUCGUGUGCGCGGAGCACCACCUGUGGCUCCACGUGGACGCCGCGUACGCCGGUAGCGCCUUCAUCUGCCCGGAGUUUCGCACCUGGCUGCGUGGUAUUGAGCGGGCGGAUUCGAUAGCCUUCAAUCCGUCCAAGUGGCUGAUGGUACACUUCGAUGCGACCGCAUUGUGGGUUCGGGAUAGCACCGCUGUCCACAGGACUUUCAAUGUGGAGCCGCUGUAUCUGCAGCACGAGAAUUCCGGAGUGGCAGUGGACUUCAUGCACUGGCAGAUACCGCUGAGUCGCCGAUUCCGUGCCCUGAAGGUGUGGUUCGUCCUGCGAUCGUACGGGAUCAAAGGACUACAGCGCCACAUCCGCGAGGGCGUGCGAUUGGCUCAGAAAUUCGAAGCCCUCGUCCUGGCCGAUCAUCGUUUCGAGCUGCCCGCCAAAAGGCAUCUUGGCCUGGUGGUAUUCCGGAUACGCGGCGAUAAUGAGAUCACCGAAAAGUUGCUGAAGAGGCUGAAUCACCGCGGCAACCUGCAUUGCAUCCCAUCGUCGCUGAAGGGACAGUAUGUCAUCCGGUUCACCAUCACCUCGACGCACACGACCUUGGACGAUAUCGUCAAGGAUUGGAUGGAGAUCCGUCAGGUGGCCUCCUCUGUGCUGGAGGAGAUGAACAUCACAAUUACGAAUCGCGUCUAUCUCAAGGAAACCAAGGAGAAAAACGAAGCUUUUGGCUCGAGUCUUCUGCUGUCGAAUUCUCCGCUCUCGCCCAAGGUGGUAAACGGCUCCUUUGCGGCCAUAUUCGAUGCGGAUGAGUUCCUGGCCAAAACCUAUGCCGGCGUUCGGAUAGCGGAAUCGCCAUCGAUGAGACGACGUGUGCGUGGCAUCCUCAUGUCGGGCAAGCAGUUCUCGCUGGACUCCCACAUGGACGUGGUGGUUCAGACGACCCUGGACGCCGGCAAUGGAGCCACUCGUACCAGCACCACCAACUCCUAUGGCCGCACCACUUCGGCGGCCCAGGCAACCUCGGAGAGGCAGGCCAGCAUCCAGGAGGACAACGAGGAGUCGCCGGAAGAAACUGAAUUGCUGUCACUGUGCAGGACCGGCAAUGUACCCAGUCCCGAGCACGCCCACUCCCUAUCCACUCCUAGUCGCAGCUGUAGCUCCAGCCCCCACUCACUGACCCACUCUCUCACUCAAUCCUCGCCGCGAUCCUCACCAGUCAACCAAUUUCUACCCAUUACUUUGUGCGCAGUGCCCAGUCAAAGCCAACUUUCAAUGCCCGUUGCCAUGCCCCUGCCCAAUCGCAAUGUCACCGUGUCCGUGGAUAGCCUCCUGACCCCGGUCACCACCUGCAACGUUUACCAUGGCAAGCGGUUUCUGGAGCCCCUCGAGAAUCUCGCCCAGACCAGUGCCUCCUUCAGCAGCAGCAUCUUCCGCCUGCCGACACCCAUGGCCACGCCCACCCGGGAAUCGCCUGAGGAUCCGGACUGGCCGGCGAAGACCUUCAGCCAGCUGCUGCUGGAGCGCUACUCCUCGCAGUCCCAGUCCCUGGGCAAUAACUCCUCGACGGAGAGCAGCAGUCUCAGCGGCGGGGCCACUCCCACGCCCACUCCCCUGAGUAGCCUGGAUGAACUGGUGACGCCACUGCUGCUCUCAUUCGCAUCCCCCUCGCAGCCGAUGCUCUCCGCCCAUGGCACUGGGGAGGGUCAGCGGGAGCAGGGCAGCGACUCGGAUGCCACCGUUUGCUCGACAACCUCAUCGAUGGAGUCGCUUUAGUGAUAGCCUUAAAAAUCCCAUAUUAAGUUUUUACUAAAAUACGAAUCUAAGGACAGAAGUACCUAAUUGUAUGAUCUUUUUCUGUUAACUAAACAUGUUUAAGCCAACUACUAGCUUACUCAAUCUGAAGUUACAUAUUUUCUUUGAAUACUAGACUUACGUUCAAAAACAAUCUAUUCCCUUAAUAUUCAAUAUUAUUUGGCACCUCAGUUCAUUGUAUAUAAGUGUGAUUGGGGAGAAGGGUAAAUCAUCGAACGCUGCUGUGCAAUCAAUCAAUAACGCAAUCAAUCGUAAUUCCAAUCAAUGUUGUGCCGUACGUUAAUCUACAAAAUAUGCAUGCCCAUACCAUAAUACUAUGAAUUUCCUACUUUAAGCUAACAAUCGGUCAAGACUAAAACUCAAAAACUUACCGGCUUACCUAUGUAUCUCCAUGUCUAAUCAAUGUCAGUGUGAUUAAAGUUUCAAAGUUCUA